GCCUCGCUGUGGGUGUAACGGGCGGCUUUUUCAAACAUGGCAACGUUCGGCAGAGGCGUCCGCGACUCAAACGGGCGACUGUGGCGGCGACUGCAGCGCGAGGAGGAGGAGGAGGAGCAGUGGUGAGUCUGCGCCGCCCCGACCCGACCCAGGGCCUCGGCCCUGACAUGGCGGCGGCCGAAGGCGUCAGCAUCGGCGACAAGAUCAAGGAUUUCAAGGUUUUAACCCUUCUCGGGAAAGGCUCCUUUGCAUGUGUUUACAAAGCAAAGUCUGUGAGCACUGGUGUGGAGGUAGCGAUCAAAAUGAUUGAUAAAAAGAUCAUGCAUAAGGUGGGAAUGGUGCAACGGAUCCGUAAUGAAGUAGAGAUUCACUGUCAAUUAAAGCAUCCAUCCAUACUGGAGCUUUACAACUAUUUUGAAGACAAUAACUAUGUUUAUCUCGUACUUGAGAUGUGUCACAAUGGAGAAAUGAGCAGAUAUUUAAAGAACAGGAAAGCUGCUUUCUCAGAAGAUGAAUCUCGACACUUAAUGCAUCAGAUCGUCACUGGAAUGCUCUACCUCCACUCUCACGGCAUCCUACACCGGGACCUCACUCUUUCUAACCUUCUACUUACCGGUGACAUGAACGUAAAGAUUGCUGAUUUUGGACUAGCAGCACAGUUGAAAAUGCCAAAUGAAAAGCACUUCACAAUGUGUGGCACUCCCAAUUACAUCUCUCCUGAGAUUGCAACCCACAGCGCUCAUGGCCUGGAAUCUGAUGUGUGGUCUCUUGGGUGCAUGUUUUAUACCUUUCUUGUUGGCAUGCCACCAUUUGAUACUGACACAGUGAAAAACACACUGAACAAGGUAAUGUUGGCAGAUUAUGAAAUGCCAAACUUCAUUUCAAAAGAAGCUCAAGAUCUGAUCUGCCAGCUGCUUCGAAAAAAUCCUGCAGACCGCAUUAGUUUGUCUGGUGUUUUGGACCAUGCAUUCAUGAUCAAGUGUUCUUUAUCCAGGAAUAAAGAUUUAGGGAAUACAGAGGACUCCAUGGACAGUGGGCAUGCUACAAUCUCGACUGCAUUUACCGCAGGAACAGGAUCUGGCAUUAGCUCAAUGGGACGCUUGCAUCAAAAGACCAAACACAUCAUCGGACAGUGUCUUCCGAACAAGAUGGCUGUUAUCACCUCACAGAACAAAAUUACCAGUGCUUCUUCAUCCAUGGAGGGCAUUUCAGUCUUCAAUGAAAGAGGAGCUCAAAGGGUUGAAGUUUCCAAGGGCGGUAGAGGAAGAACUGUAAAACAGACAGAGGAAGAACGACCUCACUCUCGCUGGCUCCGAAGAGCACACUCCACAGAUCGGUCUGGUACCUCUCAACAUCACAUACUGGGAAAGCCAGAUAACAUGGAGCGAUCUCAUUCUGUUGAAGCUCUCACAAAGUCUGCCAGACCUGGAAUUUACAGUCCAGCAGACAUCUCGAGAGACACAGAUGUUUGGCCUUUUUGUACAGGUGCUGUAGGAAGCUUUGGCUCCGACGGCACAUGUAGAAUUUCUCCACCAGUGAAACAGACAGCAAACCCAAAUUUUGCUUACCAGCACAUUUCCAAUGUGCUUCCCUUGAAGCAGACGGCACAGGCUGAUGCAGCACAGCAGUGGUUUGAAAAUGCUCAGGUGCCAAAUGGUACGUUCAAAAAACCAGUGGAUGUCAGUUCCCUCAGCAAUGCCAGUGGAAGUUUCCUCAGUGGAAGAAGGCACCAAAUUCAAAAUGAAGCAGUUUUAGUGAAGGCAUGGGGGAAAAAUCCAGUCAGCAAAUUCAAAACUGAUCCACUUCACAGGGACCAUUUCAACAAGCAGACGAUUCAGAGAUGUGAACAGGUGCCACUAAAACAUCCCAGACAGGGGGAUUACAGGCAACCGGAUGCAAAGUAUGACACUCAUCCAGUGUCCAAACAAGAACAUUCCGUGCAAAGUGAAAUGCAACACACUGAAUACCAAAUGAAUGCGUUAUGUGACAAGGUGUCGCCUUUGAGAGCACAUAGGCUUAAACCAAUUCGACAGAGAACAAAAAAUGCAGUGGUGAGUAUCCUUGACACAGAAGAAGUGUGUAUGGAGCUUCUGAAAGGAAGCGGUGCUCAGGAACGUGUGAAGGAAGUGCUUAGAAUAUCCUGCGAUGGAUACACAAUUCAUAUUUAUCAUCCUAAUGAGGGAAGAGGCUUCCCACUGGACGACCGGCCACCAUCUGCCCCAGAGGAUGUAUAUGUUUACCAUUUUGAUAAUUUACCAGAAAAAUUUUGGAAGAAAUACCAAUAUGCAUCUAAAUUUGUCCACUUGGUGAGGUCCAAAACGCCAAAGGUUACCCUGUACACUAAAUAUGCCAAAUGUAUGUUAAUGGAGAAUGGCCCAAAAGCUGAUGUCGAAGUCCUCUUUUAUGAUGGAGGAAAAAUCAACAAGACGACCGAGUUCCUUCGCAUCGUAGAGAAAUCUGGGAAGUCGUAUACUUUUGAUGGAGGAAAAUUGAAUGGCUUAAAUGAAGAAGCAAAAAUAUAUGUGGAACAUGCACACAAGGCCCAUCAGACAUGCCUCGAACUGGAAUCUACUAUAGCAGCACAAGAAAAAAGGAAGGAAAAGCAGCUUUCAUUUUUCCCAAUAAUUAUUGGAAGGAGGCCAUCUAGCACAGAAUCUGUGCCAUCCGUAUCUCGUUCAGUGGAGCCACAAUGCAUAGUGCAGGAGCAGCCAAUGAUUCUGGACAACUAUUCUUCUAGCCAGUCAGCAAGCAUUAGUCCCUUUAUGUAUUCAUAUGAAGGUUCAGAUUUCACCACUGCUACUACGGUUUCUAAAAUGAAACCUUCAUCACCCACUCAGACUGUGAAGUAUCCAAAUGCAGCCCAGGUGCUGAAGUCUGUGUUUGUGCCGAAUGUUGGUUGGGCCUCCCAGCUAACCAACGGUGAAGUGUGGGUUCAGUUUAAUGAUGGUUCCCAGCUCUUUGUACAAUCAGGAGUCACAUCCAUCAUCUACACAUCUCCUCAGGGGCAGAUAAUAAGAUAUGGGGAAAAUGAAAAGAUUCCGGAGUAUGUAAAAGAGAAACUACAGUGCCUCUCUUCAAUCCUGGGAUUACUAGCAAGUGAAAGAAGGCAGCAAAGAAUCCAAUAAAGCAGGAUGUGAAAUGGUGGCGACACAUGGGUGAAAGGUGUUUACAAAUAUUCUUCUGGUAUUCUGCACAUUUACUUCCAGAGAGAUAGAGAGAGAGAGAGAUUACCACUUCUUUCAGUGGUUGUUAAGACUCUAAUGUCCCUAAAGUUAAUGACAACUACCACAAAUGCCUGAAAAACUAAAUUGGUCCUCUUGAGGUGCAGGAAACUUUCACUUGAAAUGUUGAACUUUGCGCUGUAAAUAGAUUGUUUUGUAAAACUUGUUAACAUUUAUGGAAGAUUCAAUUUUUUCUAUUACUCAUUUGACAGUAUAUUUUUGAAUGAGCCAAUAACAGUGGAACAAGCAAUGGAAAUGCAGAUUAUCUGUAGAACUGGUUUACUUGUGCAUACAUUUGGCUUACGUACAAUAGAAAUUGUAUAUUCUGUGAGUUUUAUUUUGUUUCUGUAAAUUUUUAUAUAGAAUCUAUAUACUGCUGACAUGCAUACCUUCUGAUUUCAGCAAUUUGACAUCUGUAUAGUGUGUACAACUGUUUUUAAAGUUUUCACCCAAAGUUUGCCAGACUGCAUCCUGGCCUUUCAACCCUCCCCACCCUCAAUUCUUCCUCAAACAGAAGUGGGACUGGCACUUUAUAUUGUGCUGUACAGCAAACUGAAACUGAAAACUUUUUAAAGUUGUGAGCAAAAUGAAAAGAAUUAAAAUUGAGAAAAAUAAAUGCUCAUUUGUAACUUUAACAAGCAGCAGUAUACACCAUCCAUUGCAUUAUUGUGCAAACUGUUGUGAAUAAUGCCAAGAAUGCUGUUAGCUCAACUGUAUUUGUGUAGUUUUUUAGUUUGUGUAGUUUUUUUAAAAAGUCAGUAAGUAUUAAAUACUUACUGAUUUAUUGCUUUUAAU